AUGAAGGACGGAAGCACCGUUGUAUUCAAAAGUCGAUAUACUGUGAUUAAAAAGCUCGGAAAAGGAGCGAGUGGGAAAACUUACUUGGUGGAGGACUUCCACGAAUCUCAAAAUUGCACGAAGGUUUUGAAAGCUCUGAAGUGCAUAAAACUUGAUGAUAAUUCAGAAGCGGUUCAAAAAGAUUAUGAAAAAGAAGCACAUCUUCUAUCGAGUCUAAAACACCCUUACAUACUCCGUAUUCAUGAAAGUUUUGUUGAUAAAAAUAGGUUCUGCAUUGUGUCGGAAUAUUGUGAAGGGGGUGAUCUAACCAAUUACUUAAAACAAGUGAAGAGUAAAGGAGAACGUAUCAGUGAAAAAAUUAUUGGAAAAUGGCUUGUACAAAUUAUAUUGGCCACAGUUUAUAUGCAUAAAAAUAAAAUACUUCACCGUGACUUAAAAACAAGUAAUAUAUUUUUAAAGAAUGGGAAUAUUAAAGUUGGUGAUUUCGGUAUUUCGCGUUCACUGGCCACAACUGAAGAACUGGCAACUACGUUUAUUGGGACUCCUUAUUAUAUGAGUCCGGAAGUUCUGAAGUACGAAGGAUAUAAUAAUAAAUCAGAUAUUUGGUCAAUCGGAAUAAUUCUGUAUGAACUAUGCACCCAAAGAAGAGCAUUCACUGGAACUAAUUUAAUGCGUGUUAUGUGGCAGGUGAUAAAUGAUCCUUGUCCUCAGCUACCAGAAAUUUAUUCAAAAGAAUUGCAAGAGGUUUUAGAACUAAUGUUAAAGAAGACUCCCCAAGAACGACCAUCUGCUUCAGAACUUCUUCAAUCAAAUGCGGUUCACUCGUACUUACGUGAUUUAUACAAAGAAAUCAUAAUUCACAUGCAAAACGAAUUAUCUGAUGAAAUAGGAAGGAUGGGAGCGAAUUUAAUCUGUAAGAAAUUUAAAGUGCAUAAUCCAAAAAAAUAUGUUUGUUUGGUUUUCUAUUCCUUACUUAUGUCGUUUGAAGAAUUUAUUAGUUUACCUGAUUCAGUUUUGCACAAACAACAGUCAAUUGAAAACACUGAGAAGUUUUCAAUACAAUUAAAUGAAGAGAUUGAAGAGAGUGUAGAACAUUCAGAAGAUCAGUACUUAACGCCACGUCAAAAAAUCAAAUUAAAUAAAGCAACUGAAUCAGAUAGAACUACUGCAGUCUUAAGAGAUUUAGCAGAACAGCUUACACAUACUCGGAAUAGUUUAAAUUCUACAAUGGAAACACAACUGUUCACCUGGCAGAAAGGAUAUCCAUCAUUGAAUCAUAUAUGGCCUACAAUUCAAAUACCUACAGAGAAACUGCUAAAUGAAUUAAAAAAACCUUUAUUUAGGAAAAAUAAACAAUGA